CGCCCCGAGCUCGUUACCUCGCGAGAUUUCGCACCGCCCUCUCUCUUUCCGCUCGGCAGCCGACAUGCCAUCCAGACUGAGGAAGACGCGGAAACUGCGCGGCCACGUGAGCCAUGGCCACGGCCGCAUCGGAAAGCACCGGAAGCACCCGGGAGGCCGUGGGAACGCUGGCGGCAUGCAUCACCACAGGAUCAACUUCGACAAAUAUCACCCAGGUUACUUUGGGAAAGUUGGUAUGAGGCAUUACCACUUGAAGCGGAACCAGAGCUUCUGCCCAACUGUCAACCUGGAUAAGCUGUGGACACUGGUCAGUGAGCAGACCCGGGUGAACGCUGCCAAGAACAAGACAGGAGCAGCCCCCAUCAUCGACGUAGUGCGGUCGGGCUACUACAAAGUUCUGGGAAAAGGAAAGCUCCCAAAGCUCCCAGUCAUUGUCAAGGCCAAAUUCUUCAGUAGAAGAGCUGAGGAGAAGAUUAAGGGCGUUGGGGGAGCCUGUGUGCUGGUGGCUUGAGGCCACCGUUCAUUAAAGUGCUUCUCUGCUGG